AUGGGCCUGCGUCUCAAUGGCUCGCUGCCUCGUCGUCUGGCUUCCUGGACAUGCGCCGCUGCCGUUUCGCGCCCACGCACGGUGCGAACGCGCCCCGUCGCGUCGACCUUCGGUGCUGCUCUGCCCUUGACUGUGUCCAGCGUCUUUGCCCGCGGCAAGAAGACGACAACAUUGGACGCCAAGGAUCUGCCGCAGGGCCUCAUCGGUGGCGCGCCGCUCGAGGAUCCAGACGAAGAUGCAGGCCCUGCAUAUCCAACCGUCUUGCAGCAAGUCCGGAACAACAUGCGCAAGUUCGACCACUGUGUUCUGCUGACCCGCAUCGGCAACUUCUACGAGCUGUACUUCGAGCAUGCUGAAGAAUAUGGGCCCCUCUUGAAUCUCAAGGUCUCGCAACGAAAGAGCAGACCAGGACUUGGUCCUGUUGCUAUGGCCGGAUUCCCCUACUUCCAGCUCGACCGGUUUCUGAAGAUCCUGGUCCAGGACCUCAACAAGUAUGUGGCCAUCAGCGAGGAAAUCCGAAAUGAUGCCUCUGCCAAGGUCAAGUCGGGCGGCCUGCUGUUUGACCGCAAGGUCUCUCGCAUCAUCACCCCCGGAACUCUGAUAGACGAAAAAUUCAUCGAUCCUUGGGAGAACAACUACUGCCUGAGCGUGCACGUCGAGCCCGAGGCCUCCGACGUUGGCCUUGCCUGGCUCGACAUCUCAAGCGGCGAAUUCUUCACGCAGAGCACAACAGUCGCCGGCCUUUCUUCAGCCCUGGCCCUCAUCGGACCUCGCGAGGUUGUCGUCGACAGCGCACCGCAUACGACGCUCGUCGGCAUCUUGGAGCAAGACCGCCACGUCAUCACCUUCCAUCAACGCGAGCCAGGCAGCAAAGUCCCGGAUGAUUAUGCUCGCCUGGUCGAGGAGGCUGUGCCUGGGUGUAACACCUCAGCCUUCCCGGCCCUCGAGUUGGCCGCUGCAGCGUCUCUCCUCGACUAUGUACGCACUCAACUCCAGGGUUCGAGUGUUGCCUUGCAGCCGCCAGUACGCCGCGAGGCAGAUGAGUUCAUGGCCAUCGACAAGAACACGCUGAGGGCACUAGAGCUGCGCGCCACCUUGAGAGAGGGAAAGCUCGAGGGCAGCCUACUGCACUCGGUCCGGAAGACUGUCACGAAAAGUGGCACAAGGUUGCUGACGCAGAGACUCACAUCUCCUUCCAUGUCGCUUGACAUCAUAAACGAACGACUGGACCUCGUCACGGCGCUGAUCGAAAAUCUGGCAUUGCGUGAAAACCUGGUUGCGCUUCUGCGUCGGUCUUUCGACACGUGGCGCCUGGUCCAGAAGUUUUCGAUAGGUCGAGGCGAUGCAGAUGAUCUUCUGGAGCUGUCGAAGACAAUUCAAAUUACCAAGGACGUUGCACAACUUCUCCAAAAUGAGACACCCGGUGGAGGGUCUUUCGACGGACUGGUCCGCCGGCUCUCAUUGGACGGCCCCGGCCGUCUCGCCAAACGUAUUCUGGAUGCCAUCGACGAGGAGGGUCUCUCGGAGCAGCACCGCAUGGAAGAUGACGAGGCGGCAGCAAUGGCCGGCCUCGCCGUCGAGGUGCUCGCGCUGGAGGGCGAAGAAGUCAAGUCGGGGAGCAUUGCGAAGCGGGCAAAGGCUAAACAAAGCAGCAAGCCCGGCCCAAGCAAGGCCGUUGAUACGGGUAUGCCUGACGUUUGGAUCAUGCGCCGAAGUGCGAGUACAACAUUGACGAGACUGCAUGAAGAAGUGGAAAAACUAGCUCGAGAGAAGGAUGGUCUUAGCGUCCGCCUGCGAGAGGCAACAGGAGCUCCGGGGCUGACCUUGCGGUGGACGCCCGGGCUGGGACACAUUGUUCACAUCAAGGGCAAGACCGGGAGCAUGGCCAAUCUGGAGUCGGCACGGAGUGUCAGCUCGAGCAGAUCUACCCGUUCGUACCACGUCCCCGAGUGGACUCACCUUGGAAACCAUAUGGACGACGCGAGGCUGCGCAUACGCUCAGAAGAGCAGCGCGUGUUUGGCCAGCUUAGGGCGGAGGUUGUCCGGAACCUGGUCAAUCUGCGGCGCAACGCGGCAGUUCUCGACGAGCUGGACGUGGCGUGCUCCUUCGCUACGCUGGCCGAGGAAAGAGGGCUGAUUCGCCCCAAGCUGAACCACGGGACGGCCCAUAAGAUCGUCGGCGGCAGGCAUCCGGUCGUUGAAUCCGGCCUGCUGGAGCAGGGCAGAAACUUCACCUCUAACAACUGCAACGUUGGCGACGACGAGCGGAUCCUGCUCAUCACUGGGCAAACAGGGUCCUUUGUGCCUGCAGUAUACGCGGAGAUCGGCCUUGUCGACAAGGUCUUCAGCAGAGUCGGAUCUGCAGAUAAUCUUUACCAAGAUCAGUCAACCUUCAUGGUGGAGAUGCUCGAGACUGCCGAGAUCCUAAAGCAGGCGACCCCCCGGUCAUUCGUCAUCAUGGACGAGGUUGGACGAGGCACAACGCCCGAGGAUGGCAUCGCGGUCGGCUAUGCAUGCUUGCACCACCUCUACCACGUAAAUCGUUGCAGAGCGCUUUUCGCGACGCACUUUCACACGCUCGCCGACAUGACUGCCGGAUUCGAGAAACUGGGCUGUUAUUGCACCGAUGUCGAGGAAGGGGCGGACGGCACUUUCGCGUACGUGCACCGGCUUCGAAAGGGGAUCAACCGGAGAUCCCAUGCGCUCAAGGUGGCGCGGGUUGCUGGACUGCCGGACGAGGCCAUCAAGGAGGCCGAGCGGGUACUGGAAGAGUUGAACAUGUCGCCCUCCAGGUCGCACAACGAGUUGUAG